GACAACAUUUUGUGGCUCGUGCAAUAUACCAGCUUAGUUAGCUAGUUUACAUCUAUUCAUCGGCUAUUCUGUGAUAAUAUUUUCUUAAUUGAGCCAGACAGGAUGAGUGGGAUACCAGGCACCGCCGUGAUUCAGAUAACUAAUCUGUCGUCAGCUGUGAGCAGCGAACAAAUGAGGACUCUUUUUGGUUUUCUUGGGGACAUCGAAGAGUUGCGGCUAUACCCCCCCGACAAUGCACCCCUGUCCUUUUCCUCCAAAGUGUGUUACAUAAAGUAUCGAGAGCCUUCCAGUGUUGGGGUGGCACAGCAUUUAACCAACACUGUGUUUAUUGACAGAGCUCUGAUAGUUGUGCCUUGUGCCGAGGGGAAGAUCCCAGAGGAGGCCAAGGCGCUGUCUCUCCUGGCGCCCAGCACUCCGCAGGUGGUGCCCAGCCUGCUGCCCGGAGGAGCCGGCCUCCUGCCCAUCCCCACGCCCACCCUGAAUCGCCAGGUGUCCCUCCCUGUGCCGACGCUCCCUGUGCCGACGCUCCCUGUGCCGACGCUCCCUGUGCCGACCCUCCCUGCUGCCCUCCCCCCUGCGCUGGAACCGGCCCUCAGUGCCCUGACCAGCGUGAGCGUGGCAGUGCCCCAGACCGCGGCGGCACAGCUACAACCCCCCCUCAUGGGCAACGUUGACCCCUCCAAAAUCGAUGAGAUCCGCAGGACCGUCUACGUGGGCAACCUCAACUCCCAGACCACCACUGCCGAGCAGCUCCUUGAGUACUUUAAGCAGGUGGGGGAGGUGAAGUUUGUCCGAAUGGCAGGAGACGAGACGCAGCCCACACGCUUCGCCUUCGUGGAGUUUGCAGACCAGGACUCGGUAGCCAGAGCCCUGACCUUCAACGGAGUCAUGUUUGGAGACCGACCACUAAAGAUCAACCAUUCCAACAACGCCAUCGUGAAGCCGCCAGAGAUGACCCCGCAGGCGGCCGCUAAGGAGCUGGAGGAUGUCAUGAAGCGCGUACGAGAGGCCCAGUCCACCAUCGCAGCCGCCAUCGACCCAGCAGAUAGUAAAACGCGCUCCGUCAGCUCCUCACGGCGUUCCCGGAGAUCCAGAUCCCGAUCCCGCUCACGUUCCCGCUCCAGGUCCCGCUCCCGCUCGCCAUCUCAUUCCAGAAGGAAGCGCUCACGAUCAAGGCACAGAAGUAGGACAUCUCAGAAGUCACGUCAUGGUGACUCGCGCAGUUCCCGCGGCUCCCACAAAAGGCGCUCUCGCUCCCGAGACAAGAGGCUCAGCCGCAGCCGCUCCAGGGACCGUCGGAAGGAGAAGGAUGGUAGGGGUCGGAACAAGGAUGUCGGCUGGCAGAGGGAGGAACGUCGGAAGGAGAAGAGGGCGCGAACGCCCCCGAAGAGCUACGGGGUCUCCCGACGCUCUCGCAGCACAAGCAGAGUGCACAGGAAGCGAAGUCGAACUCGCUCCAGGUCACCAAGAAGGAAAGCCAAGUCCCCCACGCCACUAAAGAGAGGAAAGAAGGACAAGAAGCGCGAGAGGACUCGAGACGUGAGCCGUGAGCGCAGGGCACGCUCCCCAGCCCAUAGGACAAGCGGUCGAGACAAAGACCGACAUGAAGGAAAAGCCAAACCUGCACCGGUGGAACGCAACUACGACGACCAGGAGCCGGAGUACGACAGCGAUGAUGUGUCUGGGUCGGGCAGCGAGGAUGCGUCCCCGUCACCGGGGGCAACGCAGCACAACGGCAGCUACAGCAGCAGGAACGGGGACGACGACGAUCAGAUGGCCAUGGCAGAGGCCACCGCAUGAUACACACACACACACACACAUACACUUCAGAUCAGCUGGCCAUGGUUAGAGGCCACCAUGUGAAAUACACACACGAAAUGCAUAUUUUAACUGCUACUCCAGGUGAAGGAGUACACACUAACAAAUACAGAUAUGCAUAUUACACAAACACACGCACUCAUUACACACACAAAGAUAUUUCACCGCUACUCCUUGUGAAGUGCUCCGUUCCUUUGCUUUAGCCCCCACCCCCCCAGUAAGAGUUAUCAGUGUGUCCCCCCUCCCUCCCCAGGCUUCUUGUUGCUGUGAGCCACCCCUACCCCACGUCAUAUGAUAUUCAUAUGGGGAAUACGGACCUGAAAAUGUACAGCAUUCUUUUUUUUGUUGAUGGGUAAAUCUUUACUGUAUGAAACUAUUGAAAAUGUUUACUUCAUAUGAAUUUUAAUUUUUGAAGAAUUGUGUGUGUGUGCGUCUGGGAGUGUGGUUGUCGGAGAAUCAGUGAAUUCCACCUGUUUUGUUUGGCUUUAACCCAAUUUCAUUCUUUUUUUUUUUUUUUUUUUUACUAUUGCUUUCUUUUAAAUUGAAACUGUAACUUGGUCUCUCACUUAAGACUGAUAUUUGGUCUGUGUUGAUGAUAGUUUUUUUUCCUUCAGUGUUGUGGUGGUGUUUAGUGAUCCCAAACCUUUGUCAAUGUCAAUUUCAUGCCAGAUACCAGACUUGUGAACAUGAAGAGGCUUAUUCCAUGUUGAGGAAAAAAAAUGAAAACGAGAAACAAGAAAUAUUUAUACAGUAUAUAUAUUUGUUGAUAAGACUGCAUUGAUAUAUGGAUGGAAAAAGUGCCUAGACCAAGAUUGUAUUAAAUGAUAUACUGAAAAAAGUCUAUGAAGAUUAACUUUAGUUUUAAGAGUCCAUCUAUUCUGACAACAACCGUAGAGGGGCACUUUUUUCGGCCCAUCUUUUAAACUGAGGCGUUUUUUUGUUUUUGUGUAUUUGUUUUUUUUCCCCUCAGAUUUUUACUGCGGGGGUUGCUCUUGCCCCUCGUCACCUAAAGUUUU